UGAACUUAAAAUUGGGUUGCUUCGAGCCCAAAAAUAUGUCUCACCACAGGUCAACUGAAAAAGGUUGUUUGAAGAAACUCAGAUCAACUGAAAGUGGUUAUUUGAAUUUGCACAUACCAAUGAACCCAUCCGAAAAUACUAAGUCCCACCCUCAUUAGAAGCUACAAAUUGGACCACGAACAGCUUCGCCACCAGCAAAGACGUAUGACUAAUCAGUACUACGAUCGUAUAUGGACUACAAUGUGAGUGAGUUAGUGAAUGAACAAAUGAAUAAAUGAUAAGCGUGCUGAUAGAAACAAUCAAAUGCCACCUGAACGAUAACGGAUAUUCGCAGCUUAGUGUUAAUUGAGCCAUCGAUAAGUGAACCUGGCGGACAAUGAAGUUAUCACGGAAUCAUACGAUUCCGCUGCUUUGGAGUAUCCUGUUUCCGUUGUUUGGAAUCGGGAUCUACUUUCUAGUAUACUGGAACUGGUCGACUCUGCCGGAUGGAGUGCUUCUAGAGAAUGAGACACAAAGUGAACCUGUAUUCGUAGCCGAACGAGCCCAACAACAUCUGCGAGCACUUACUAGUCAAGGCACGCGAGUGGUCGGCAGCAGUGCGAACGAAGUAUUUGCCGUCAAUUUUUUGGUUGAGACGAUUCGUGAAAUAAUUCGGGAGGCUGAUCCCUCAAACCUAUUAUCAGUGGAGGUUCAAGAUGCUUCCGGAAGUUACUUUUUAGAUUAUGCCGACUACCCAAUCACUAGCUACUAUCGAGGGGUACAAAAUGUGAUAGCAACGAUAAGGAAGCGAAGCACGAGUCAGUUCAGCGGACAGUAUCUACUACUGAAUGCGCAUUUUGACAGCGCCGUCACAUCGCCGGGAGCUGGAGAUGAUGGUACGAUGGUUGCCGUCAUGCUAGAGAUUCUUGAGCAAAUCUCCAAAUAUAAUUUGAACCUGCAACACGGUAUAAUAUUUUUGUUCAACGGUUGCGAAGAAAACACCAUGCAAGGAGCGCAUGGGUUCGUAACUGGUCAUCCAUUGGCCAAAGAUGUAUCCGCCUUCAUCAAUCUGGAUGUUGCCGCUAACGGAGGUCGAGAAAUUAUGUUCCAAUCUGGACCAGGCUUCCCAUUUCUAAUGGAAUACUAUCAACGUUAUACGAAGCGUCCCUACGCCAACUCUCUCGGCGAGGAAGUUUUUCAGCUCGGGCUCGUCCCAUCCUUCACCGAUUUUGAAACCCUUUCUAAGGUUGGUAAGUGGCCCGGGUUGGACUUCGCCCUAGCAUCGUAUGGCUAUUUGUACCAUACAAAGUACGAUGCGUUUGACACAAUUUCACUGGCCACUCUUCAGCAUAUCGGGGAUAAUUUGCUGCCAUUGACGAUCGGGUUAGCUUGGGCCGAGGAACUCGUCGAUGUGGAAAUGUAUCGUGAAGAAGCUGCGACAUUUUUUGACUUUCUGCACUGGUUCAAGUUGACAUAUAACCAAGCCGCAGCGUACGCCAUCAAUUGCGUGGUUGCUGUUGUUGCAUUGAUCGUGCUCGUCCUCACGAUCGUGAUGAUGGUUCGCCGGGAGGGAGCUGAGCUGACGAAUGUCCUGCUCGAGUGUGGCAUAACGCUGAUCGUUCAGACGCUUUCGAUUGUUGCCGGAGCGGGUGUUUCCGUGCUCGUUGCGGUUAUCGUUGACCUAGCAGGUCGAUCGAUGGCGUGGUUUACGUCCAGCUGGUUGCUGUUUGGACUUUACUUUGUGCCUUUUAUAGCCUGUCUGACGUUGGGACCGUGGCUGUAUAUUCGCUUUCGGAAAGUGACAUUCCUGCACAACCAAGGACGGGUUCUGCUAUUCCUACACGCGCAGUGCUUCAUCUACGUAGCACUCCUACUGACAUUAGCUAUCGGAGGAAUCCGGUCGGCUUACCUGUUCCUGUUUCCCGUAGUCUUCUACACGCUCUCCACCAUCAUCAACACGGUUAUAAAAUUCAAACUAAACCACUGGAUCUAUGUGCAUUUGGCGUGUCAAAUUAUUCCGCUAAUCUACUUCUGUUCUCUAACAGUAACCGUGUUUGCGGUGUUCAUACCGAUGACAGGACGGGGAGAUGCCGGAACGAAUCCGGAUCUAAUGAUGGCUUUAUUCAGUGUUUUAAUGGCCUUGCUACUGGUCGCGAUGUGGAUCCCACUGAUGACACUCGCUAGUAAAGUCCGAUACUUCUACACCCUUCUGGGAUUGUCGUUUGUGGUGACGGUGAUCGUGAUGGCCACUCCCAUAGGAUUUCCCUUCCGAGAUGGUACUUCUCCCCAGCGAUAUUACAUUUUUCACCAGCAAAGUAAUUUUUACCACCAGAAUGGUACGCUUCGUCGCACUCAACAAAACUUUUUCCUGUACCCACAAGACCGCCACACUCCGGACUAUCUGUUUGACGAAGUGGCCUUAUGGCGCGAGCAAGCUCAGCCAGUCGAACCGGAAUGUAGCAAAGAACUAUACUGUGGAUUCCCACUGUACAUCAACCGGUACCACCGACAUCGUGAAUACAGCUACUGGAUGCCCGCCAACUCAGCGCCAAACUUUCCAGAACCAGUGAACUUCCGUUUGCUGGAGAGGCAGGAUAUUUCUCCAACAAGUCGAAUCUUUAGAUUUUCCAUCGAAGGUCCAACCUUGAUGGGAUUUUAUUUUUCGCCGUUGCCAGGAAACAGUUUAGUGGAUUGGACCUUUAGCGAAAAGAUUCCACCCAGUGGGACUCCAUGGAAUGGACAAUCGGUGUAUUAUGUGAAUUACGUGCAAGCCAAGACGCGGUCUCCAUUGGAAUUUUUCGUGGAAAUCGAGUUACCGGUUGGAUCCGUGAAGGAUGCUCCCGUUCUGCUGGUGUCAGUUGUAGGUCAGUAUAUGUACCAUGAACAACACUUGACGGAAGAGUUUAAGGCAUUGCUGAACCAAAUGCCCGCAUAUGCUCAUACGGUAGCUUAUCCGAAUUAUUUGGAAAGUUGGGAAUUUUGAUAUUAUAUUACCGACAAAUGAACAA